GAAAGUUUUAGCACGGAAUUCGUCCACUCCUGAUGCUCAGAUUAAUGAAGUUUUACUUGAAUUAUUGCGCCACAGGAUCUAUCAGUCGAAUUGGGAUUGAGUGCAUGCAGGAAUCUGAACACGAAUAGCAGAUUUAUGUUAUGUGAAAAUGGAAUAAAAGAACUAUUGAAAAGAUAUUCUGGCUCUUCCCAUGUAGCAAGGAUACAUGCGCAACAUUUUCAAUGCAAGUUGCAAAAACUAGAUGGGCAGGAAGCUCUGGUCUUCGCUGAGUCGUUUUUAAAAAACGUAGAAGUAAUGCAAUCAAUGGACCGGGAAUCUAUGAAAAGCAUUCAUCUUUUAAUGUGGGAACAGGCUGAAAAAUUUCAAGAAAAAAACGAUAUAACAAAUACUCUAGCUUGGUAUGAUCUUUCGUUGAAAUCGAACGCGACAGAUUCUGAUGAUUUUGAAAUGAAGGAAAACAUUGCUAGAAUACAACGCAAUCGAUCAUCAUGUCUUAUUACUCUGGGAAGAUUUCGCGAGGCUAAGCAGGCCACAGAAGAGGCUGCCAAGUUGAGCAACGAAAAUCCUAGAACCGAUUUCGCCUUGUUCAAGAUUGCUGUUGCUGAAGGCAAUAACACCAAAGCGAUAGAAUCAAUCGAGCGACUGGUCGGUAACUUCAAAAAAAAUUAUUCACGUGAUGAUGAUAUGCAGAUUGAUGAUGAGGAAUCUUCUGUCGGGGAUUCAUCAUCGACUAUUCAUGGAUUAGUUUGUCUUGCUGCGCAACUUGCUUUUGAAAAAAACGAACGUUCUGUUGCUAUGACAGCCUUGCAACAUGUCUCAGACACAACUGAUGAUAGAACAGCAAAAUUACUUUCACAAAGAUGCCUGGUAAGACUGCAUCUUCAACAGAUGGAAGAAAGCACUGAUAUAAGCGAAGAUCAAUCUGAUGUAAAAAAUUCAACAACAAUGAAUAUCUUAAAUAAGGCAACUACCAGUGUAGAACGAGCUUUGAAGAUUUUAGAAGAUAUUUCCGAACGAUCCUUGAACGAAUUCGAGAUAAAAAGUAGAAGACAAAUGUCUGUAUCAUCACAGAAUGAUGCGGCAGAAGUUACGAGAGAAUUAAUACAGGACGAGGCUGAAUGGUUCAUGAAAAUAUGUUGGAAUAUGGCGCUGGAAAGUAAAUCGUAUUCUCAAUUAAUGCAAAAACUAUUUCAUCUGUGCUAUAAGUUUUUAUGUUUGUUGACAACUGACAAGGCAAUUCUCACACGACAGAAGACGUGUCUAUUGAUGAGUUGUGCUGCUGCAUUAGAAGCUGGAAGAAAUUCCAACAAUAAAACAGAUAUGGAACAUCACCUUCGAUUUGCUUUAAACAAAGUGACAGAGCAUAAAAACAUUUGUAACCAACUGCAAAAGUUCGACGGUACGACUUCUCAAAGAGACGAAAAGGAGACCGUGUUGAGAGCUUUGUACGAAUUUGAAGCAUUUUCCAAGUUAUUCAGACGUGAAAAGAUGACAAGUAACAAUCCGAAAGCAACAGAUUUGACUGAAUUGGAACGCUUGUUUGAAAGUAUUAUUUUGCUUCCACAAGCAACUGUGAAGACAUUCGAAACAAUAGCAGCUUUGGCUGUGCAACAGCCUGCCAAUCAUAUUAAUCUGAGCAAAAGAGCUUUGAAAAUAGCUAUCAAGAAACUCGACUCGCAGGAGGGCGACGAUGACCAAUAUCAAAGACAGGAGGCAAUCAAAUAUAGCACUCUAUAUAGAAGCCUAAUUGAUCUUGCUCUUCAAGAUGGAAGUAGAAUUGAUCCAUCUAGUAAAGAAGAAGCGUUGAGUUAUUUCAGAAGUGCCUUGGAACUCGUUGAUGGAAAAUUAAAGAAAUUCUAUCCUGAACUUGAGUGUCUUUGGUUGACUAUCAAAUCCUGGAACGUCGGGGCUAGAUUAUUCAUAGGCGAACACAUAACAGAGGCCGAUAAGUGGUGUUCAAUGGCGAUGCGAUUUCUGUCUCAUUUAAAACAUUACAAGUCAAGCUACGAUGCACACAUGAAUGAAGUUUAUCAAGAAAUUCUUCCAAAAAAGGAAUCAUUGCCAACAGGACGAGAAGUGAACAACAUGCAAGUCCCAUAAUUCACAAGAACGCGAGCGAUGCCGACGCAGUAUCACACUUCUUCCCCCAGCCAGCGGUUUUAUCCUUCGCGUAAUGAUUGUCGCAGGAUUUAAAGAUCAGUGCCUGGGGCAUGUUUUUACUAUUUACGUUUGCUGGUUUUUGUUCUCUUUUCUCAAUUUGCUAAUUCAUCAGGACAGCCAAAAAAAUAUUUGAGAGUCGAGUGUUAGCGUAUAACUUCACUAAACGAGGAAGGCCACAUGUUUCAAAAAUUUCCGUUUGCAGGACAGCUUUCAGCCUUACGCUAUACCAUACUUUGUCAGGUUUUGUUUUUCGAAAUACUGAAAGUCCCUCGGACUGCGUUCUCUCAGGGCUAGUUUUGUUGGAAUCGCCGCUCGUUUUGGUGAGCGUGAUUAAAUACGUAUCGGUCCGCAAAUUCUGUCGACCCCAGAACGCCACGAGGACAUUCGAUAAUCAUAUGGCCAUUUCUUAUCGCUUGUGUAGUGGACAGACUUAUCUCCGCUCUUCCUUAUCGCACCGGCCAAGGGAUUGUAAUUUGGUGCCCUCUGGUUUAGCACGUUGAAUGGAAGAUGCCCAGACUUGGAAAAUUGGCGAUCUUACAUCCCGAAAAGCAUCACAAGCACAUGAUUUAUUAUUAUAAUCACAUGAAUAAAUUUAUAGGAAAUAUCGGACUAAUCAAAAACAUACAUUAUAUACACAUUAAAAUAAACACUACAAAUUAAUAUUAAAAUUUGGCUGGUACACAAAAGGAAAUGGAAAAGCAUAUAUUACAAAACAAUGGGAAGCAAAUUACAGUAAGAAU